AUGUCGGUGACUAUGUGUCAAACUAUGGGCUUUGUUAUCUCAGCAAUUGGCUUUGCUGGGAUCAUCGCAGCCACUGGACUGGACAUGUGGAGCACACAGGACCUCUAUGACAACCCAGUAACUGCUGUCUUCAAUUACCAGGGUUUAUGGAGAAGUUGUGUAAGAGAGAGCUCUGGGUUCACAGAGUGUCGACCCUACUUCACCAUCCUUGGGUUGCCAGCGAUGUUCCAAGCUGUCAGAGCACUGAUGAUUGUGGGAAUUGUACUGGGCGCUAUUGGCUUACUUAUUUCAAUAUUCGCCCUGAAGUGUAUCCGUAUUGGUAACAUGGAAGAUUCGGCAAAGGCCAACAUUACUUUAACCUCUGGGAUCAUGUUUAUUUUAGCAGGACUCUGUUCUGUAAUUGGGGUUUCUGUGUUUGCAAAUAUGUUGGUGACAAACUUCUGGAUGACCACAUCUAACAUGUACUCCGGAGGAGCUAUCAGUGGCAUGGGGGGCAUGGGAGGACUGCAGACUCUGCAGACAAGAUAUACAUUUGGGUCAGCACUGUUCGUGGGAUGGGUUGCUGGAGGUCUUACCGUGGUUGGCGGUGUAAUGAUGUGCAUAGCAUGCCGUGGACUGAUGCCUGAGGAUACAAGGUAUAAAGCGGUUUCCUAUCACGUGUCUGCAAAAAGCCCUGGAUAUAAGACAUCUGUGUAUGAGGAGAAAAGCAAAAAAUCUGCGUAUAACGAGUCUCGACGCAGUGAUGAUGGAAAGAGUUACCCUUCAAAAUAUGAUUAUGUGUAA